AAUAUGGCUGAAGCUCAUGUUUGCUUCACUAGGUUUAUGGUGAUACUUUUUAGCCUACUCCUCAUUGCCUCACCUGAUGUUAAUGGUGUGGAGGAUGGAAUUUGCAAGAAAUUUAGUGGAACAUUUAGUGGGCAAUGCUAUGAAUCAGCACAUUGUGAGGCAACGUGUGUGAAGGAGGGAUCUCCCUCUGGAGAAUGUGAAUGGCAAGGAGUUCACUGGGGAUAUGUUUGCAUGUGCGAAUAUUUCUGCUAAAUAAUUAAAUCAUCAAAUAAUGUUGAUCAAAUCUAAUAAAAUAUAUAAAAGCUUAUUGUGAUUAUUAUAAUACAGGUGAAUAAUUGUUCUUGAGUGCAGAAUAAGUUUUCUUUUUUUCUGAAAAAAAGGAAUACUGUGAUUAGUUGGUGCUGGUACUUGUGUUGAUUUCAAAUGAUUAAAAAGAAAAAAGAAAGAAAAAAAAAAAAAGGUACUUCUUUGUGUAUGUAGUAUGUAGUUCU